AUGCAACCUAAAACCGGGAAAGCGAUUGGUGUAGUAACCGAGCACACCUAUCACACUUCACUCAAUAUGAGCCCAGGAGUACCGUAUCGCUUUAGAGUACGAGUUUAUGUGGAUGGAUGGGGUGAAUGGAGCAAUCCGCUUUGGUAUGAGCUAGGGCGUGGGAUUGUACAACAACACAGGGGACCAGAAACAACUCCUUUGGGAUCUCUUCCCGGCUGGCUGGUUUUGAUGGCAAUGGUGCUCUUCGUUGUUGUUCUCGGAAUCCUUUUCAUAUUAUGUCGUCGUAAAACACAUAAUCGAAAGCAGAUGAGCGAUUUAGACGUGUUGGAUACGUACAAGCAAGAUACGAUGACACCUGACUACAGUUCUGGAACUCGUCAGUUCACGGAUGCAUUUCGAUGUGGGAAACUGAAUGCCCCGCUGAUACCGUCUUAUGGAAGAAGUUCUCUCUCUCAGCCUCCUCCUUACUAUGGAAGUGGAGUGACAGGAAUGGUAGCAAUGGCUUUUAAACCAUAUGUCGAUCCAACUGCGUACGAGGAUCCCAAUCAGGCACUCGUGGAGUUUACUUUUGACAUCGAUCCUGCAGCAGUAUUCAUUACGGAAGUGAUUGGAGGUGGUGAAUUUGGAGAUGUCUGCAAAGGAGGCUUGAAG